AUGUCGUCCUCAGGGUCGCUCAAGAACAUUUCUGUUCAACCUAAAUUCUAUCACUCACCACCUUUCAGUGCAGAGGUGCCGGGCCACAAAGCCGUAACCGGUGAGACUAUCCCAAGAAGACACCCUUCGACAGCCAACAAGCUCGCGACCCGCCCUUCCGAAGAUGUUUCAACUGUUUUCGAUAUAAUUAAACGAAGUUCCGAGAAGUAUGGAAAUGCGAAAGCUGUCGGAAGUCGAUCAUUGAUCAAGACUCAUCAAGAGGUGAAGAAGGUGAAGAAGAUGAUUGAUGGCGAACAACAAGAAGUCGAUAAGAAAUGGACAUAUUUCGAACUCAGCGAAUACAAAUAUAUGAGCUUCUCAGAAUAUGAGAAGUUAAUCUUACAGAUUGGAGCUGGUUACAGAAAGCUUGGAUUGAACAAAGAGGAUCGAGUACACAUUUUCGCGGCAACGAGUGCUCAUUGGUUAGCAACUGCUCAUGGGGCAGUUUCUCAAUCGAUGCCAAUUGUUACCGCAUAUGAUACUUUGGGAGAGGAAGGUCUCAAGCAUUCCUUGGUUGCGACCAGAGCCAAAGCUAUCUUUUUGGAUCCUCAUCUAUUACCAACCUUGAUCAACCCUCUCAAAGAAGCCAAAGAUAUCCAAUUUGUAAUCUGGAACAGUCAGAAUGAGGUGAAGCAAGAAAAUAUCGAUAGCCUCAAGAAGGCGCACGAGAAGCUCAAGAUUUUGAGUUUCGAGGAAUUACGAAAGCUUGGCGAGGAGAACCCUGUUGAACCAGUACCUCCCGCACCAGAAGAUCUGUGCUGCAUCAUGUAUACUUCCGGUUCUACCGGGCCACCAAAGGGUGUACCCAUUAAGCACAAGGCAGUCGUAGCAGCUGUUGCUGGUGUCAAUGUUAUUGUUGAACCAUAUCUUGGUCCAGGUGACGGUCUUCUGACAUACCUUCCUCUUGCGCAUAUUCUCGAGUUCGUUUUCGAAAAUGCUUGUCUGUAUUGGGGUGGAACUAUGGGAUACGGAAACCCCAAAACUUUGUCGGAUACAUCAGUCAAAAAUUGCAAGGGAGACAUUCGAGAAUUUCAGCCAACAGUUUUAGUUGGUGUUCCCGCCGUGUGGGAGUCAGUCAAGAAGGGUAUCGUUGCUAAGGUUAAUGGUGGAAGUCCGAUCGUCAAAAACCUCUUCUGGGGUGCACUUUGGGCUAAGAACAACCUCUUACGUUAUGGUCUCCCAGGUGCUGAGGCUUUAGAUGCACUAGUAUUCAAAAAGGUUAAGGAAGCCACUGGUGGAAAGCUCAGAAUUUGUCUGAAUGGUGGUGGACCAAUUUCCAAAGAUACUCAGAGAUUUAUUUCUAUGGCCAUCACACCGAUGAUUAACGGAUAUGGUUUGACUGAAACUACUGCUAUGGGUGCUUUGAUGGAUCCUAUGGAAUGGACAGAUGAAGCACUGGGUGAUAUUCCUGGUUCCAUUGAGAUCAAGCUUGUUGAUUUCCCAGAUGCUGGAUAUUAUGCAACCAAUAAACCAAACCCUCAAGGAGAAAUUUGGAUUAGAGGAGAUCCCGUCAUGGAAGGUUACUACGAGAAUCCUGAGGAAACAGCAGAAGCUCUGACCGCGGAUGGAUGGUUCAAGACUGGUGACAUUGGAGAAUGGGAUAAGAAUGGUCAUCUUAACAUCAUCGACCGAAAGAAGAAUUUGGUCAAAACUCAAAACGGAGAAUAUAUCGCCCUUGAGAAGCUCGAAUCUAUCUACCGUUCUGCUACAGUUGUAGGUAAUAUCUGCGUUUAUGCCGAUCAACAGAGAACCAAGCCAAUUGCUUUGAUUGUUCCAGCUGAACCUGCAUUGAAGAAACUCGCCGAAAGAAUUGGUGUUCCAGGAUCCAGUGUGGAGGAAUUAGUACACGAGAAGAAGAUUCAAGAUGCAGUUUUGAAGGAAUUGCAACAAGCUGGUAAGGCUGGUGGAUUGUCAGGAAUCGAAAUCAUCGAAGGUGUUGUCUUGUCAGAUGAAGAAUGGACUCCUCAAAAUGGAUUGGUAACAUCUGCACAAAAAUUGCAGCGAAAGGCCAUUUUGGAGAAGUACAAGAAGGAGGUUGAGUCUGCAUAUUCUAGGAACAACUAA